AGCAGAGAGUGCUGCAGUGCGAGCGCAGCGGGAGACUCGGACGCGGAGAGAGAGAGAGAGAGAAAAAAAACACACACAUACACACAUACACACACGCGCAUCAGCAGCCUUAUUGGCGAAACUUGGUCUAUGGAGAGAUCUGCAGCGGCACCGUAGCGACGCAGGCCGACAUGGAAGAGUAUUUGCGGAGGGUCCAGAGCAGACUCGGGGCUGAUGCAUCAGAGGAUCCCAUCCACGCUGUUUUAGGUGGACCAGAACCAAAUUCUGAUACUGUGGCUGCAACACUGUGCUUAGCCCUACACCUCAGCCAGAAAGAACCGUCUGGUAGACUGUGUCUGCCAGUGUUGUGUGGCCAGCGAUGUAACGCUGUGUUGCCCGGGGAGACGGUGAGGUAUCUGCAGAGGGUGAAAACAUGUGAGAGUUUGCUGCUGUGGAGAGAGGAUGUAGACCUCGUGAAGCUUCAUCACACAGGAAAACUCUCACUCACACUGCUGAGAGAUGGACUUCUAGAUAGCUCUGAGUACCACACUUUGGAGUCCAGCAUCCUGCGAGUGGUCCAUCACCAGCAAGACACAGGGGAUGAUGGGGCAUUGUCCGCGGUGACGACAGUCGCCAGGGAGAUUCUUCAAGAGGCAGCGGAGCACAUCAGCGCAACGCUGGGGGAGACUCUCGGAGAGGCCUUGCGGCUACAAAGUGAGGCUUUGUGGAUCAACCAUGGCCGUCGGUCAGCACAACUGGAGGAGCUCAUGAGAUCCUUGGAACAAUGGAGUGACACCACGGCAGGUCAACCUGAUGAGGCGAAGCUACAACACUUGGAGCAGCUGCUUACAACGGAGCUGAAGGAGUUUUCCGACGGAGAGAUGACCAUAGCGCUGUCUUCAGUGACCACAGAUAAGGAGAACUGGCAUGGUUAUGUGGACAGGCUGAAAUCAUUCAGUCAUCGCCAUGGCCAUGAUGGUCUGGUGGUUCUCUUGUCCAUCGAUGAUACAGUUCAACAUCCCUGCCAACAGGUGGCUGUCUACUCAAACAACACAGAUAUCCUAAACCAGAUCUGCUGUGAGUUGGAAGAGUUUUUCAGCUGGUCUCUUUCUGGUGAACUGGAGGCUAGGGGAAAUUUCCAGGUCUACCACAUCCCUAUAAACACCUCCUCAUCCUCUGGUACUCCUCCUCUACUGGAGGAAGAAAUGCAGGGCCUCCUCAAGGACUUUGUGGACCGGCGGAGCUCUGUAUUAGCCUGCCAUCCCAGCAGUAGGACCUCUUCCACGGAGGGAAUAGCAGGCAGUGUGGAGUUCUCCCAGGGAUCAUCUGGUAUCAAUGACAUGGAUGGUUCUGACAUAGAGAGGGCUGAGGGAGUCAGUGGAGAUGUGGUAGCAAUAGCAAGGGUGAUGACAGAUGGUGAAGAGGACACAGGAGCUGUAGGAGUCAAUGCUGGUGGGGAGCUAGUGAGCCCUGACAGCGGUAUGACCACCAUCCGCAGCAGCCGGUCCUCCAAGGAGAGUUCAGUGUUCCUUAGUGAUGAUAGUCCAGUCGGUGAGGUUAUAGCAGGAGGUCCAACAGCAGGGCCAGGAGGACUCUUCCUGAGAAACCUCUCUCCCCUGGGGUUGUCAUCUCUCUCCCCUCCUGUCCCACCUGAGAGGAGGAAGCACCACUCUAGCAGAAAUAGGAGUGACAACUUUGACCUGUUUAGUUUUGACCCACUACAUAGCAGUGACCAGUCUUUGCCAGCAGGAAGGGAACUGGCAAAUUCUGAAGUAAGAGGAGAUGAGGGAGAAAGAAAAGCAGGGAGCUCCAACUUAUCAGAACUUGAAGAGUUGAGCUUGCUGGAUUUCUCUGCUCCAAAUUCACUGGACGGGCUUGAAAGUAGAAAUUCUUCAAUUGACCACCAUGGUCAAAUUCAUGGGAAUGAGAUGAUUGAGACUGUGGUACCUCCAACUCCAGUUAACAGCCUGGUAGGUAGCUGCCCACCCAGCAGUUGCGGGGUAAGGUUCUUCCCAGAAGAUAUAGCUGAAAGGAUCAAUGGCCUACAGCACAAGGACAGUGUGUCGUCAUCCUUGUCAGAGACGUGGGAUGAACUUGGCUUUGAUACACAAGGAGCAUUGUCCUCAAGUGAUAAUAAUGCCUGGAGUAGGACCAUGGAAUCUGAGAGCCCUUUGAAUAUUAUAGAGGAAGUUGGAGGCAAAGAGUCAAUCAUUGACAUGAGAGAAAGAGAAAGCAGGGAGGAUAACUUAAAGUCAGAGAAUGCCCACCAGAGGGGAAAGAGCCUUGAACCUCAGCUUAGUCUGGUCAUCGAGCAGACUGAAUCAUAUGAAAACUGGAACCAAGAUUCUGUGCUGAAGGAUCAGUGGAACCCUGUUACUUUGGCUGAUCUGCAAUUGACACCACCAGAGGAGGAGGUAAAUGGAAAAUGUAAAGCUGGUAUCAUUGAAAAAACAGCCUCUUUGUCAAGGAAGAAAGCAAUCCUAAAGACUAUAACACCAGACACAUCUAAAGAUGAGGACGAAGGGGUCCAAGGAAAAAAAGGAGAACGACAGAUGGAGCUCCUAGACUUUUGGACGUAUUCAGCUCAAAAUGGAUUUCUCAAAUCUGAUAGCGGAACCACCACGUCUUACCCAGAAUCACUAGACAUGUGGAAUAUGACAAUCCGGGAUGACAGUCUAUCACCUCUCACAACCCCUGACAACUUCUCUGAAAACUCAGGUUCUUUCUCUGGGGUGAACCACAGUUUUGUGGGUGGCACAUCUGUCGAAAGUCCACCAGGAUUCUCUGACGGUGGAAUGGAGAUGUGGAACACCACCAUACAGGAAGACAGCUCUUCCACUAUAACAAGCCCAGAAGGACCUGAAAAUGGAAAGGACGUUUGUCACAUGGGAUCAAUGGACGCCAGUGAUUCUCCAGAGACACAUGCAAGCAAACAGUUGGAAGAAAAAAAAACUGUAGAAGGGGAGAGAGCUAUGAGUAAUAUAAUUAGUCAGACUCCUGAAGAAGUGGGGUGGACAGGUAAUGAACAUAAUUUGAAAAUAGUCAUAGAGGCUGCAGAAGGUAGAACACAGUGUGAAGAAACAGGGGAUGAGGACAUGCAGACUGUUCAGACCCAACAGUCUAUUAUACAGAUAUUGGCAUCAGAACAUUCAGAAGAUGGGACUUCCCCGUACCAAGGCAUUAACAUGUGGGAUUUACCUGUCCCUGGCAUUGCCACCUCCACCUCAGAAUAUGAAAAUGUAGGAGCUGGUGGGUGGAGCCUGACAUCCUCCCCUGAGACCUUUGCUAGCCCCGUAGUAGACAUGGUACAGCUAGAGGGGCAGUCUAGCCCUUUUAUAGCUGUGACCGAACCUAUUCAGAUAGAUGAGACGCACGAUCAAUACCAGAAGGCUAAUCCCCUGGGAAAGACUGAAUACAGAGCAAUAAUUUCAGAUAAAGAACAGUCAGCCAACCAAGUAUUCCUUUUUGAUGGAACUGGUGAGUUAGGUCACAUGACAAGGAGUGAGGGACGUUCAAUUGAGAGUAAGUACUACAACAAAAGCAGAGAAGGAUCAGAAGAGGCUGACUGGAUAGAGCAACCCAGUCAUUAUUCCCCAUUUGUUAUAGUGGACGGUUCCUCCGUCACUCAGCAAAUCUCAGCCAAUUAUCCUUCAAGUCUAGGAGAAGCUUCUGAGACUCAAAUCCAGACUGACCAAUCAUUAUCCCCAAGUCAUGAGAAUUGCGACAGCUCAGAAUCAGCUUCAUUAUCACAUGAUCUGCCAAUCAAAAUGGCCCACAGUGAUGAUGGAACUACCACUGAAAGCCAAGGGGGGCCUAACAAAAAGAGCAAUGGAAAUGUGGACGGCAAAAUAACAGAAACUAUGUCUCUGAGCUCCAGCUCUGGGGGGAGGGGAGAGACAGUGAAAUAUAGCCCUGACAGCCUUCACCCAGUUAGUCGAGACGAACUCAGGUCCAAUUCUGACGGAGAUUCGUCUUCAGGCCUAGAAAUGGAUUACAUUGUUGUGUCUGGCACAGUAAAAGAACUAGAGAGAGAGCGGCACGAUAGGCCUAAACAGGGUGGCAGGCAAUCAGAAAGAACAAGAAAGUCCAUGGAGACAUUUGGCAUGCUUUUCUAUGCUGCCACAGUACUGCAAACCCAGGCUCAAGCUACACAUAGGAAUCACCAGGACAACAUAGAACAAAGUAGGCAAAAUCAAAUGAGCAGAGGUACUGAGAGUACACUUGGUGCAGAUACAGAGCCAAAUCAAGAAGUCCUAUCCACUCAUUACCAAGCAAAUCUGGAUAAUACCACUGAACAUCACAUGGUGCCAGAAAUGAUCAGUCCCAGUCAAUCAAAAAAUACCUCAGAAGCUUUUCAUCAGUCAGAUUCAAGACCAACAGGUUACAGUCAAACUCAGGUAGAAGAAGGAAACUAUGACAAUAACUCAAGCAUGGUGGCCAGAAGUGUGUCUCCAUCAUUAAGAUAUCCAUCAGAUAUCUUCCUGAAAACCAGAGAGGAAGUUUAUGUCCAUUCCCAAAUCUCGAUGGAAGAUUCAGAUGAGGGUGGGCAGUCACCCUCUGCACCUCCACAAUGUCCGACUUCUUUGGGCGACUUUGAAGACUGGGGGGGUCAGUUAGAGAGACAGGACACACCUCAAACCAUAUCUGAAAUACAAUCCCCUUUACUUACUAACAGUUCAGUAUCCCACACCAGCUCUUUGACUGGCACCCCAUUAAGUGAAUCAGGUAUUUCUACUGAAAGAGGACUUGGAUUACCAUUUUCUGGAGAUUUAAUGGAAGAGGAGAAUGAUGAGGAAGAGCCGGAGGAGGAAACUGAUAUAGAGCACAUUACCUUGACAAAACGGACGCCGGAAGUACAAAGUGAGACAGAAGAAAGACCACAUUUAGGAUCUUGUGAUCUGCUAAGUUUCACUGAGGAGCUGAGUGGAGGUUCAUCACUUCAACAAACAGAUUUACAAACACUUGAUCUUAAUCAGGACAGGUUCCUACAGAAUACAGUGGAUUACUAUGAUAGACAACCUAUAAGGACUGUUGAACGUCAUAGACGGUCUAAUGACCAACAGUUUGGAAGCCUUGAAGCUUCUCAAGAUAGCUAUUCACUUGUUUUAAGAAGAAACCAAGAUGUGACAUCCCGGCAGCCAUCCCAGCCAACCAACGAGAAUGCUGCAUUUCAGUGGACAGGAAGUCAGAAUGUAACUCAGGGUCAAACCCAGUAUGGCUACAACUACCACCACAUUGACCAAAGAACUGAAAACCAGAGCACGCACUCAGCCUGCGUAGAUACCAAAUCCAACGGCCAGCAAAACACCACAGAUGUCUAUGCUGAGUUUACAACUGAUGCCAAAGCCAUACAGUACGGGUCUGAGGAGGCUGAGAGCUAUUAUGAUGCUGGAGCUAAGACCGAGUACAGCUUGGACGAUCCAGAUUCCAAGUGUCAGUACGUAGCUGAAAGCCAGUAUGGAUAUGACUCCAACUCCAUAUGCGCUUCUGAACUUCAGUGCUCUCAGUAUCAAGCUGAUGGCCAGUGUCAGUAUGAGACAGAUGCUCGAUACCAGUUUGACAGACAGCCAUUUUACCAAUCAGAUCUCCUCCCUGAGAGUGAAGAUCAUGCGCAGUAUGUGCCGGAGGCAUAUGUUCACUUUCUCCUGUCAAGACACUCCCAACAGACAGACAAUGCAGCAGGAAUGAUGAUAAAGAUGGCCUCCAGUGAGGAAGCUGCUGAGGAGAUGGAUAACAGAGAAGACCCACCCUCCUCGGCAGAUCUAUCGAGCAGCUCUAAUCAAAGGAGAAAGUUGGCAGCUCCGCCAAUGGACGUGUCACUGGACCGCAGUGAUGGGUCUCUUCUCUCAGAGGAUGCUCUGGACACAGAGGACGAGGCCUCGGAUACUGGAGAUGACCUGGAUGUCAACGUUGAUGAGCUGGACACACCUGAUGAGGCUGACUCACUGGAGUUCAACAGACAAGGGGACUCAGAGAAGUCUAAUCUGGGUGCAGGAGCAGCUUCAAGUGAUGCCAUCGCUGGACACAGAUCAGCUGAGGAGAGCAGGGAUAGCAGACUGUGGAGGAGCGUGAUGAUAGGAGAGCAGGAGCAUCGCAUUGAUAUGAAGUGCAUUGAGCCAUACAAAAGAGUCAUCUCUCAUGGAGGUUAUUACGCUGAACAGAAUGCCAUCAUCGUGUUUGCAGCAUGUUUCCUACCGGACAGCGACUGCGACAAUUACAAUUAUGUAAUGGAAAACCUUUUUCUGUAUGUAAUAAGUACCUUGGAACUAAUGGUAGCAGAAGAUUACAUGAUUGUCUAUCUGAAUGGCGCCACACCUCGCAGGAGGAUGCCUGGUUUUGGCUGGAUGAAAAAGUGCUACCAAAUGAUAGACAGAAGACUGAAGAAAAACCUUAAGAUGUUCAUCAUUGUCCAUCCUUCCUGGUUCAUACGGACUUUGCUGGGAAUAACAAGACCCUUCAUAAGCUCCAAGUUCAGCAGUAAGAUCAAGUAUGUGAAUAGCCUGCAGGAGCUUGGGGAAAUCAUCCCAAUGGACUAUGUCCACAUUCCACCCAGUAUCGUCAAAGCUGACAAGAAGGGGAACUCAGCUGUUUGACAAUUACCAGAUACCUGGAUCCUGCCUAUCCUCUCCCUGCAAUAUGCUGUACCCUACCUCAGCACGUCUGAAUAUAAGCAAGCCUGCAGCAUGAUGUGUACGGCAUCAGUGGGUUAGAAAGGAAGAUGCUGUGGUGCAAAACAGCAGGCAUUUGCUUGUGAGUGAGGGACAUGAGGGUGCUGAACAUAAUACUGUAUGACUGUCACUGUGCUAAAGGGAAGAUGCUUUAUCCUGUACCACUGUAUGUUACACAGCUCUUGAUUGUGUUCCUCAUUUGGUAGCUUUUGUUUUUAACUUCAUCUUAACUUGAACAAUGCUUUGAUUCUUAUUUCUUCCACUUUGGAGAAUUACUAACUGACUUCGUUACAUACAUGUAUUAAUCUACCCUGUCAGUUGCUACUUGUACCUUUUGUGACACAUUGUAAUAUUAAGUGCGGAUUCUCUGAAGCCAUUGCGAGGCCAUAACCUAAUAGAUGCAAAUAGAAGUUGUAUUACUGCCCAUCUGCUCGCAAAUACACAUUUAUUUCCCCUGGACAGUUGGGAUAUUACUGUACUGUAGCUCUUUCAGUAGAUUAUAAUGUUAUCUAAUUCUAGAUAGUCAAGGUUUACAAAAAUACGAUCCACACCCGAAAAAAUCUCAGUACUAUUCAAGCCUGUGGUUUGUAAUGGCAUUAAAACAGAACGGCCAAGCUGGCUUUUCAAUAGUUUAACAUAGUGUAGCGGGCUACUGUCACAGAGGGUUUUUACAUUAUGUCACUAUCUCACCCAACACCUCAUACAAUCUUAAAAUGGCUAUGAGUAGGCUAUUUUAUUAACAUUGUAUAUCACUGUGAAAAUAUGAGAAACAUCAUGUCAUAAAGGUAGCAAAACAAAAGUAAUGUGUUGCAUGCUUUCAGUUGCUACAAUUUCAGUUUACUCUGAUCUGAUUACUCAUCCACAUGCAGAGUUUGUGUACCAAUGUAAUUUUAGUCCUGGCUUAUCCAGGUUGUG